AGCAGGCUUUGCUUUGCUCUCUCGUGGCCGGUGCCUCCCUCUCUCCUUCCCGGCUCCCCCGGCACGAGGCGACCAAGGGCCAGCUGGCUCCAUCGACCUCCUCCUCCCCUCCAUCCAUGGACUGCUCGAGCUCCAAGGAGACGCCUCCGCCGCACAAGGCGUGGUGGACCGGGGAGACGGUGGCGGUGGUGACGGGGGCGAACCGCGGCAUCGGGCACGCGCUGGCGGUGCGCCUGGCGGAGCAGGGCCUCUCCGUGGUGCUCACGGCGCGUGACCAGGCGCGCGGGGAGGCCGCCGCCGCCGAGCUCCGCGCCAGGGGCUUUCCCUCAGUACGGUUCCACCAGCUCGACGUCGUCGACCCUGCCUCCGUCGCCGCCUUCGCCGCCUGGAUCCGCGACGACCUCGGCGGGCUCGACAUUCUGGUGAACAACGCUGGGGUUUCGUUCAACGAGAUCGAAACCAACUCGGUGGAGCAUGCUGAGACAGUCCUCCGGACGAACUUCUUUGGUGCCAAGAUGCUCAUCGAGGCGCUACUGCCGCUCUUCCGACGGUCCUCUGGGACCAGCCGGAUCCUCAACCUCAGCUCCCAGCUUGGCCUUCUAAAUAAGGUGAGGGACCCGUCGCUGAGGAACAUGCUGCUGGACGAGGAAAGGCUGACGGAGCAGGAGAUCGAGGCCAUGGCGUCGCGGUUCCUGGCGCAGGUCAAGGACGGGACGUGGCAGGAGCACGGGUGGCCGGCGGUGUGGACGGACUACGCCGUCUCCAAGCUCGCCCUCAACGCCUACUCCCGCCUCCUCGCCGCGCGCCUGCGGGGUGCCGUCGCCGUGAACUGCUUCUGCCCAGGGUUCACGCGGACCGACAUGACGCGCGGGUCUGGCAAGCGCACCGCCGAGGAGGCCGGCCGCGUCGCCGCGGGGCUCGCGCUGCUGCCGCCCGCCGACCUCCCCACCGGCAAGUUCUUCAAGUGGCGCACGCCGCAGCUCUACUCCAAGCUCUGACGAAGACGACACACUGAAGUCAAAGAACGAGCGCGGGUCCUUCUCAUUGUAGCAGAUGAGGUUUGACAGACGCAUGUUGAUGAGAUACUCCAAUAGUUAUUAUGCGCAUCCGAUUUGAGCUGCUGCUGCUGCUUCUGCUUCAUUCUUGUUCUUUUUGGAUUGUUGUGUAACCACUAACGAGCGUGUCGUUGAAAGCUAUAAUUAUAUUGAACUGAAAGCUCAAUUAGCAUGUAGUUGAAAGCCUUUUCUAAUU